AUGAUGUUGUCAUGGAAACAGUUGAUCCUGCUUUCAUUCAUUGGCUGCCUAGGAGGUGAGCUGCUCUUACAAGGCCCAGUGUUUAUCAAAGAACCCAGCAACAGCAUUUUUCCUGUUGGUUCAGAGGAUAAAAAAAUAACUUUAAAUUGUGAAGCACGAGGCAACCCUUCACCUCAUUACAGAUGGCAGCUGAAUGGAAGCGAUAUUAAUCUGAGUAUGGAGUAUCGUUAUAAGUUGAACGGAGGAAAUCUUGUGGUUAUUAACCCCAACAGAAAUUGGGAUACAGGAAGUUAUCAAUGUUUUGCAACAAAUUCAGUUGGAACAAUUGUCAGCAGAGAAGCUAAACUCCAGUUUGCCUAUCUGGAAAAUUUUAAAACCAAAAUGAGAAGUACAGUGUCAGUGCGUGAAGGACAAGGAGUCGUCCUGCUCUGUGGCCUCCCGCCACACUCUGGAGAACUAUCAUAUGCUUGGAUCUUCAAUGAAUAUCCAUCAUUUGUCGAAGAAGAUAGUCGGAGAUUUGUCUCUCAAGAGACAGGCCAUCUCUACAUAGCCAAGGUGGAACCAUUGGAUGUGGGAAAUUACACGUGUGUGGUGACUAGUAUGGUGACAAACGCCAGAGUGCUGGGUUCUCCAACUCCUUUGGUGCUACGUUCUGAUGGAGUGAUGGGUGAAUAUGAACCGAAAAUAGAAGUUCAGUUUCCAGAAACUCUUCCAGCAGCUAAAGGUUCAACUGUGAAGUUGGAAUGUUUUGCCCUUGGAAAUCCUGUACCUCAGAUUAAUUGGAGAAGAAGUGAUGGACUGCCUUUUUCCACUAAAAUUAAAUUGAGGAAGUCCAAUGGUGUGCUUGAAAUCCCGAACUUCCAACAGGAAGAUGCAGGUUCCUAUGAAUGCAUUGCUGAGAAUUCACGAGGAAGAAAUGUCGCCAGGGGGCGCCUCACUUACUAUGCAAAGCCUCAUUGGGUUCAACUCAUAAAAGAUGUGGAAAUAGCUGUGGAGGACAGUCUUUACUGGGAAUGUCGAGCGAGUGGUAAGCCCAAACCCUCCUACCGAUGGUUGAAAAAUGGAGAAGCCCUUGUGCUCGAGGAGAGAACACAGAUAGAAAAUGGUGCCCUUACAAUAUCCAACCUAAAUGUGACCGAUUCUGGCAUGUUCCAGUGCAUAGCAGAGAACAAACAUGGUCUCGUCUAUUCCAGUGCUGAGCUCAAGGUUGUGGCUUCUGCUCCAGAUUUUUCAAAGACUCCGAUGAAAAAGUUGAUUCAGGUGCAGGUGGGCAGGGAGGUCAGCUUGGACUGUAAACCCAGAGCUUCCCCCAGGGCUCUCUCUUCCUGGAAGAAAGGAGAUGUGCCUGUACAGGAGACUGAAAGAAUUUCUUUUUUAAAAGAUGGAGGACUCAAAAUUGCCAAUGUGACUAAAGCUGAUGCUGGAAUUUAUACGUGCAUAGCAGAAAACCAGUUUGGGAAAGCAAAUGGCACAACACACUUGAUUGUUACAGAACCAACAAGAAUAACUUUGGCACCAUCCAACAUGGAUGUCUCAGUGGGCGAAAGUGUCAUUUUGCCCUGCCAGGUGCAACACGACCCCCUAUUAGACAUCAUGUUUACCUGGUAUUUCAAUGGAGCCCUCACAGAUUUUAAGAAAGAUGGAUCUCACUUUGAGAAAGUCGGUGGGAGUUCGUCAGGCGAUUUAAUGAUCAGAAACAUUCAGUUGAAACACAGUGGGAAAUACGUUUGUAUGGUGCAGACAGGGGUGGACAGUGUUUCAUCUGCCGCUGACCUCAUAGUAAGAGGUUCACCUGGACCACCAGAAGAUGUAAAGGUAGAUGAAAUUACAGAUACAACAGCCCAACUCUCUUGGAAAGAAGGUACAGACAACCACAGCCCAGUUCUAUCCUAUGCUGUCCAGGCACGGACACCUUUCUCCGUGGGUUGGCAGACGGCCACAACAGUGCCUGAGGUCAUUGACGGGAAAACACACACAGCUACCGUAGUCGAGUUAAAUCCAUGGGUGGAAUACGAAUUUCGGGUUGUAGCCAGUAACAAAAUCGGAGGUGGAGAACCCAGUUUACCCUCAGAAAAAGUAAGAACUGAGGAGGCAGUGCCAGAAGUGCCUCCUUCAGAUGCCAGUGGAGGAGGUGGUAGCCGGUCUGAACUGGUGAUCACCUGGGAUCCAGUCCCUGAAGAACUACAGAAUGGUGAAGGUUUUGGAUAUGUUGUUGCUUUCCGCCCUGUCGGAGUAACCAACUGGAUCCAGACAGUGGUCACAUCUCCUGAUACCCCAAGAUAUGUCUUUAGAAAUGAAAGCAUCCUGCCAUUUUCACUGUAUGAAGUUAAAGUGGGUGUUUAUAAUAACAAAGGUGAAGGACCAUUUAGCCCAGUGACAACAGUGUUCUCUGCAGAAGAAGAGCCUACGGUAGCUCCAUCUCAAGUUUGUGCAAAUAGCUUGUCUUCCUCAGAAAUUGAAGUUUCUUGGAACGCUGUUCCUUGGAAGUUGAGCAAUGGACACUUACUCGGCUAUGAGGUGCGGUAUUGGAAGAAUGGAGAAGAGGAAUCAUCAAGCAAACUGAAGGUGGCAGGAAAUGUGACAUCGGCCAGGCUCCAUGGCUUGAAGAGCAACUUGGAAUAUUACACGGCUGUCCGGGCUUUCAACAGCGCUGGUACCGGUCCCUUUAGUGCCACGGUUAAUGCAACCACCAAGAAAACUCCUCCCAGUCAGCCACCAGGAAAUGUUGUUUGGAAUGCUACAGACACGAAAGUGUUACUUAAUUGGGAGCAAGUGAAAGCCAUGGAGAAUGAAUCAGAAGUAACAGGAUAUAAAGUUUUCUAUAGGACUAGCAGUCAAAAUAAUGUGCAAGUGCUAAACACAAACAGAACUUCAGCUGAACUUUUGCUGCCCAUUAAAGAGGACUACAUUAUUCAAGUUAAGGCCGCAACGGAUGGCGGGGAUGGGACCAGUAGCGAACAGAUCAGGAUUCCAAGAAUAACCAAUAUGGAUGCAAGAGGUUGUACAUCAGCUAUCUCCAAUGCCCACCCUGUGUCAAGUUAUAUCUCUACAGUACUGUUCUUUAUUGUAAACACCCUGUGGUGA